CCGCACCUGUUUUUCCUGUCACUCUCAGCUCUGUGCUUCACUUUUCUCAUGGACAAACUUGAGUGGUGUUGAUGAAGAAGAGCAGCUCGAGCUUCAUUUAAACAGAUAAUCCACACUGAGCCUCUUACGAUGGAAGGUUGGACCAAAGACGAGGUUCGAGAAUGGCUCAUUUCAGACGUCAAAGUCAGUCCGACUGACGCCCAAAGGUUUUUUGAUGAGGACGUGUCUGGGGAGCACUUAGUGGAAUUUACCAAAAGGGAGAUUCUGGACAUGGACAUAAAACACGGCCCAGCGGUGAAAAUCACAAAGCGUCUAAAACAGUGGAAGGAGCAGAGCCGGACUCAGCCCCAGUGUCCUGCGUAUGUGCUCUCCUGGACAAAGGAGCAGGUGAAGCUGUGGUUACUGCAGCACCUGAAGAUCGAUGACAAAUACGCCCAGCGGCUGCUGGAAGAGGACGUGUCAGGAGACUGUCUGGUUUACUUUGAGACGCAGGACUUUAAGGAUCUGGACUUUAAACAAGGUCCAACAGUGAAGAUCCUGAGAGAACUCAGACGACUGGAAGACAAAGCAGAACCAGAGCCACAACUAGAGCCUGAAGAGCCACAAGAAGAGCCACAAGAGCCACAACCAGAGCCACAAGAUCCACAAACAGACCCAAAAGAGCCACAACCAGAGCCACAAGAGCCGCAACGAGAACCACAUGAGCCACAACCAGAGACAAAACCAGAGACACAACCAGAGCCACAAGAGCCACAACCAGAGGCACAACCAGAGUCACAAGAGCCACAAGAGCCACAAGAGCCACAAACAGACCCAAAAGAGCCACAACCAGAGGCACACACAGAGCCACAAGAAGAGCCACAAGAGCCACAACUAGAGCCACAACUAGAGCCACAACCAAAGUCACAACCAGAGCCACAAGAGCCACAAGAGCCACAACCAGAGCCACAACCAGAGCCACAACCAGAAACAGAGCCACAACCAGAGCCACAAGAGCCAAAAGAGCCACAACCAAAGCCACAACCAGAGCCACAAGAGCCACAACCAGAGCCACAACCAGAGUCACAACCAGAGCCACAAGAGCCACAACCAGAGCCACAACUAGAGUCACAAGAGCCACAACCAGAGCCACAACCAGAGCCACAACCAGAGCCACAAGAGCCAAAAGAGCCACAACCAAAGCCACAACUAGAGCCACAAGAGCCACAACCAGAGCCACAACCAGAGUCACAACCAGAGCCACAAGAGCCAAAAGAGCCACAACCAGAGUCACAACCAGAGCCACAAGAGCCAAAAGAGCCACAACCAAAGCCACAACCAGAGCCGCAACCAAAGCCACAACAAGAGCCACAACCAGAGUCAAAUGAGCCACAACCAGAGCCACAACCAGAGCCACAACCAAAGCCACAACCAGAGCCACAGUCAAAGCCACAAGAGCCAAACCAGAGCCAAAUGAGUUCACAACCAGAGCCACAACCAAAGUCACAAGAGCUACAACCAGAACUAGAAGAGCCACAACCAGAGCCACAACCAGAGCCAAAACCAGAGCCACAAGAGCCACAACCAGAGCCACAACCAGAGCCACAACUAGAGUCACAAGAGCCACAACUAGAGUCACAAGAGCCACAAACAGACCCACAAACAGAGCCACAAGAGCCACAACCAGAGCCACAACCAGAGCCACAACCAGAGUCACAAGAGCCAAAAGAGCCACAACCAAAGCCACAACCAGAGCCGCAACCAAAGCCACAACAAGAGCCACAACCAGAGUCAAAUGAGCCACAACCAGAGCCACAACCAGAGCCUCAACCAAAGCCACAACCAGAGCCACAGCCAAAGCCACAAGAGCCACAACCAGAGCCAAAUGAGUCACAACCAGAGCCACAACCAAAGUCACAAGAGCUACAACCAGAACUAGAAGAGCCACAACCAGAGCCACAACCAGAGCCAAAACCAGAGCCACAAGAGCCACAACCAGAGCCACAAGAGCCACAACCAGAGCCACAACCAGAGCCACAACCAGAGCCACAGCCAGAGCCACAACCAGAGCCAAAACUAGAGCCGCAACCAGAGCCACAAGAGCCACAGCCAGAGCCAAAACCAAAGCCAAAACUAGAAAUACAACCAGAGCCACAACCAGAGCCACAGCCAGAGCCACAACCAGAGCCAAAACUAGAGUCGCAACCAGAACUAGAAGAGCCACAACCAGAGCCACAGAAGAAACCACCCUCAAAACCGUCAUCUUCAAGUAGAAGGACAACAGCAGAGGUGAGGCACAGAGUGGACGACUAUAGUCAGGGCUGCAACUAG